AUGUCUGCCCAGAUCUACUACGAGAAAGACGCUACACUUGACUUGCUUGACGGAAAGAAGGUCGUUUUCAUCGGGUAUGGUAACCAAGGUCGUGCCCAGUGCCUCAAUCUCAGAGAUACCAUCGCACAGCACCAAUUCCAGCAACCACCCAAGAUACUGGCAUCCAGUCUCAAUGACAAGUAUGCUGCGACGUGCCGUGAAGACGGCGUCGACUUCACCACCGAUUUCCGGAAUGCCGCAUCUCAGGCGAACGUACUCUUCCUUUUAAUCCCGGACCACUUCCAGCCUGGCCUUUUCAACGACCAACUUGCGCCUGUGCUCCAAAAGGGCGCCGUCAUCGUCGUCGCUAGCGGAUACAACUACUUCUAUAAGAAGUUGAAGAUUGACUCCACACAAGACGUCGUGAUGGUCGCUCCGCGCAUGAUCGGCACAAGCGUUCGCUCGCUGUUCGUAAAGGGUCAAGGGUUUCCGUGCUUCAUCUCCGCCGAGCAGGACGGGACAGGCAAGGCGCAUGAAUGGAGUCUCACAUUAGCCAAAGGCAUCGGCGCGCUGAGAAAGGGGGCCAUCAAAUCAAGCUGCCGCGAGGAAACCUUGAUCGAUCUGUUCGCCGAGCAGGCUCUCUUCCCCACCAUCAUCACGGUGUUCGAACAAGCAUACACCGUGCUGAAGAACCUGGGCUGCAGUGACGAAGCUCUGUGCUUCGAGCUCUUCUUGUCCAAGGAACCGGCAGAGAUCUUUGAGAAGAUGGCAGACGACGGCUUUGUGAGACAACUUGUUCACCAUUCCACCGUAAGCCAGUACGGUCAGCUGAAGGGGGCACUGAAUUUCCCACAAGACAUCAUCAGGCCUUUGGUCAAGGAAUUCUCCCGCGUAGCCGAACAACGGGUGCUCGAUGGCAAGUUCGCGGAAGAAUUCACCUCCAUAGAAGAGAAUGAUACCAAUGGUGUGCAGGUCGAGCUGGAUAGGUUGUACAAACAGGCCGAACAGAGUGACUUGGCCAAGGGCGAGGCCAAGGUCCGAUCGAGGCUUGGGUUGUGA